AUGUCUACGACCACGGCACACGAGGGCGCUAUCAAGGACGGCUUUUCAGCUACACAACACUCAAACAAUCUAGAGACCAGCUUCGCACCAGAAGGUCAGGCAGACGAUAUUCCCCAGAGGGACACAACCCAGUACGGAUGGCGAUCCUGGAUGAUCAUUCUCAGCCUCUAUUUUACUUCCCUUCUCACCGCAAUCGAGGCCACUGUUACUGCCACAGCGCUACCCAGCGUCGCUCGGGAGCUCGAUUCCCGUGAGCUCUAUGUAUGGUUUGUCAACGCAUUGUUCCUCUCCAGCGCUGUCGUACAGCCUCUCUUUGGACAAUUGGCCGAUGUCUUCGGUCGCCGGUGGCCUACCAUAUUCACAGUCGCUGUGUUUGCGCUUGGCAGCGGUAUAGCUGGGGGAGCGACUUCCGCUGGCAUGCUCAUCGCCGGACGUACACUACAAGGUGUUGGGCUUGGGGGCGUCAACAUGCUCAUCGACAUCAUUGUAUGUGACCUCGUUCCGCAACGAAAGCGUGGCGCUGUUAUGGGUGUCGUCUUUGCCUUCUUUGCUGUUGGCUCUUCACUGGGACCUUUUGUAGGAGGCAUACUGGUCGACCGAGCCUCCUGGCGUUGGGUCUUCUACAUUGGUCUCCCCAUUUCCGGCGUCUCUCUGGUCUUUUUGAUUGCCUUCCUGCAAGUUCAGUACGGAAAAGAGAUGACUCUGAAGUACAAACUCAGGCGACUUGAUUACACCGGAAACAUCAUCCUCACGUCUUCUGUGGUGUCUAUCCUGAUCGCUCUAACCUAUGGAGGAACACUUCGCCCAUGGUCGUCGUGGCGUACAGUCGUACCACUCGUGCUCGGACUUCUUGGACCAGUCGGAUUCCAUGUAUAUGAAGCUAUCGGCGGACAAAAGGAGCCAGUCGUUCCUGCAAGAAUUUUCACCAAUCUUACUUCGCUCACCGCCUUCGUACUCGUCUUCCUUCACGGCAUGAUACUCUACUGGAUCACUUACUUCCUCCCCCCCUACUUCCAGGCAGUGUUGUUGAGUAGCCCCACUCGAUCCGGGGUCCAGACCUUGCCUACUGUUAUCGUAGUGCUCCCCUUUGCAAUCAUUGCAGGUGGCUUAAUCACUGCUACAGGCCGAUACAAACCGUUGAACAUCAUAGGCUUUGCCCUUAUAACCCCCGCCGCUGGGCUUCUUACCAUGCUUGACUCUUCCUCAUCAACUGCCGAAUGGACAAUCUUUCAAAUAAUAGGAGCGGUCGGUAUCGGACUUGUAACAACCUCGGCGCUGCCGGCGGUUCAGGUCAGCCUUCCAGAAAGCGACGUCGCCUUGUCAACCGCUACUUGGGGAUUCCUCCGCAGUCUUGGGUCCAUUUGGGGAGUGUCCAUUCUAGCAGCCAUCUUCAACACGCGCUUCGGAGAGCUCUCCAAGCAGAUCACCGACGAGAAUCUACGAUUGCUGUUACAGAACGGCGUGGCAUACGAGAGGGCCUCCGCUGCUUACAUUGACGCCUUUCACGAGCCGACGCGUACUGAGCUUAUACAAACGUACCAGGGUGCACUUAAGACUGUUUGGCAUGUUCUUAUUGCAUUUUCUGCCUUCGGCUUUUUGGCGACGUGGUUCCUCAAAGAGAUUAAGCUCAAGGAUACUUUUGAGACGGAAUUUGGUCUCGAGACUAAAGAUGAGGCGUAA